UUUACGCGGGAGUUUCAUUUCGUUUUGCAAAGAAAGACAAGAAAAGCGUGUGAAGUAACAAUGGCGGCUAAAGAAGGAACAAUGGCUGCGGCAGCCAAGAAACCGAAACCUAAGCCAACACAUCCAACAUACCUAGAAAUGGCAAAAGAUGCGAUUGCUUCGCUGAAUGAAAAGAAAGGUUCAUCCGUUCCAGCAAUACAGUCGUACAUCGCUGGAAAAUACACUAUCGAUGCGGACACUGUGAAAACACAUUUGAAACCCGCGCUUGCUAAAGGCUUGGAAAAUGGCACAUUUGUAAGACCCAAGAACUCGGAUGCGAAGGGCUACACGGGCAGAUUCAAAGUUGACAAAGCGAAGGCAAAUGAGGAAGAGAAGGCAAAGAAACAAAAACUCAAAGAUAAGCUGGCAAAAGAAAAGAAGACUGCUACAAAGACUGUUGUUAGAAAGACAGGAACAAAGAAGUCGCCAGCAAAGAAAAAAGCUGAUGACAAGGCAAAAAAGAAGGUAACUAAGAAGACUGUUACAGCCAAAAAGUCACCUGUAAAGAAAACGGUGACAGAAAAGAAACCAAAGGCAGCCAAGGCAACAUUAAAAACUCCAAAGAAAACGGCGAAAAGUUUGAAGGCUGUGAAAAAGACCAAAACGCCAGCUUCAGGGACCAAGAGCAAGAAGUGAAAUACAUGAAGUUGAAAGACAUUUCCAGACUGUGAUUUGAUUUGUUUGUAGUUAGAAUUGAAGUCCUUAGGUGCUAUGUUUUGUCAGUAGUGCAUAAUUAUUUUAUAACCAGUGGUGUUAAUUGUUUGAAUGUGUUAAACAUUUAAGGUAAUUUAGUAAAUGCCCAAUCAUUUUUUUUCAAGAUGACGCAUAGACUGCUUUCAUUGUACAAUUAUCAUAAAUUUCAUUCUUGUAAAUUCUGAUUACAACCAUGUUUGUGCUAAUUUAAUUUUUAAAUGAUACUAGAUGUAGAAUUUUUAAAAUUGAGACACUUAACAGGUGCUUGAGGUUGCACUGUAAUACAUUUGUUUUUACCAAUAAAAUUUGUUUUAAAUUCAA